UCAUGCUUGCUUAUAACGAUCAGAUGACACUAACACGUGCUGUCAUAUCGCGCUGGCUCGCUUCCAAAAUUAAUACGAGAUUACACUUUGCCUGGGUUGAAGUGACUUGUUAAUAAGAAAAGCAGACAGGGAGUUUGUUUCCAGUUCUCCGCUACCAGUAUCUCACGACUUCUGCCAACAAUGAGAUUAAAAGGAUUAUUUUUCAUAUUUAUUUGGGGGGCGUUAACUGCUUAUUACAUUUAUACACCUGUGCCGGAGGAUAUUGACGAGCGAUGGAAGCUUAUAAUCACUGACUGUUUCUUCAGGACACUCAGCCACCUGGCAGACUUCAGUGAGCUGCUGGGCCUGCAGGACUACAUGGGGGUGAUGAUGUUCAUCACGUUUGCGGAGGCCGUGGUGCCGGUGUCGGACGAGCGCGUGCUGGUCACCGAGGAGCGCUUCGACGGGGUGGAGGUGGUGCUCUACCAGCCCGCCCAACAGGGCGCCAGUGCCGAGCUCAGGAGAGCCGUCAUCUACUUCCACGGAGGAGGAUGGUGCCUGGGUAGCUCCAGAAUGAGCCCUUACGUCCUCUUGGCUCGUCAGAUGGUGACGGAGCUGAAUGCGGUGGUUGUGUCUGUUGAAUACCGCUUGGCUCCAGCGCACCACUUCCCGGUGCCGUUUGAGGACGUGUACCGGGUGGUGAAGCACUUCCUGCAGGCCGGAGUUCUGGCCCAGUACCAGGUGGACCCGCGCCGCAUCGCCGUCUCAGGAGACAGCGCCGGAGGAAACCUGGCAGCUGCCGUCGCCCAGCAGCUGCAGCAGGAUCCAGAGCAGCAGGUGGAGCUGAAGGCCCAGGUUCUGUUGUACCCGGCGGUCCAGGCUCUGGACCUGAACACCCCGUCCUACCGGCAGAACCAGCACAUGCCCAUCCUGCCCCGCACGCUGAUGGUGCGCUUCUGGAGCGAGUACUUCACCAGCGACAAGUCCCUGUUCACGGCCAUGCUGGCCAACGCCCACAACGGGCCCGAGUCCGCCUCCCUGCUCAAGUUCGCCGACUGGGGCGCCUUCCUGCCCGAGCGCUUCCGCAGCGGUUACAACUACACGGCGCCGCCGGUGGUCCCCGCGGCGACGACCUCUACCCCGGCGGUGGCGGCGACGGCGGCGUCGGACGGCGUGCUCCGGAGCGUGAGCGACCCGCGGGCCUCUCCGCUGCUGGUGCCGGACUCGGCGCUGGUGGGGCUGCCCCGGGCCUACGUGCUGACCUGCGAGUACGACGUGCUGCGCGACGACGGCGUCAUGUACGCCACGCGGCUGCGACGGGCCGGCGUGCCCGUCACGCACCAACACUACGCAUCCGGCUUCCACGGAGCCUUCAUGUUCACCACGUGGCCCGCCGAGUUCGCCCUCGCCCACCGCAUGACGGACAACCUCCUGCACUGGCUCAAGGCCAACCUCUGA